CCGCUGCAAAAGAAAUCCAAGAAAUCCCCAAGAAUUAACCCCCUUCUCCUUCCUCUCGCUACCAACCCAACCCAACCAAACGCCAAGAAAACCCCCCCGAGAUCUCCACCUCUCGACCGCAAUGGCGACCGACGCGAUCCUCGAGACGAUCAAGCCGCGGCGGAGCGCGGAGCGGGAGAACCUCCCCGUGACGAACGCCACCGGCAAGGGCAGAGGCGGCGACCACCUCAUCGGGCUGCGGCGGCGGAUGUCGUCGUUCUCGGUGCGCAUCCAGCCGCUGAUGUCGUCGGCGGGGGCCGGGGGCGCGUUCAGGCGGGCGACGUCGAUGCCGUCGGUGAAGGCGCUGGCGGCGCAGGCGGGCGCGGUGCGGCGGUGGUGGGGGUGGGGUCUCGGGUGGGUGAUGAACCGGAGGCCGGCGUUCGCGCGCGACCUCGAGAUGAACGACGACGAGGCCGCCGCCCUCGGCUGCCACUGCCGCGGCACGUGGCGCCACGUCUUCUACAGGCUCCGCGCCGGCGCGCGCCGCCUCCUCGGCCGCGACGGCCUCCCGCUCUCCGCCCACGACUUCCGCUACGACUCCGUCAGCUACGCCCACAACUUCGACAAUGGCGACGCCGCCGCCGCCGCCAGGCCGGAGCCCUGAUCCGAUCUCGCCGGCGAAAAACCGAAGCUAACGUACAGCUCCCUCAAUAAGCAGCCGAUCUGGUGAUGGUGGUCAGAAAAAAAAAAGAAAUGGAUCUUGGGGCCAAUGGAAUGAUGAGGUGAAGCUACCAUGAGGUUUACGCGACGCAGACAUGGCCACCGGCAUGUGGAGGUUGUUGCGAUGGGAAUCCAAGCUUGCUCUCUACUGUACUCUCUACUCUACUCUGCUACUACUAGUGGUAGAAGUGUUACCCCAGCAAAGCAGAAGCUGAGAUCUGUGAUGGCUUGUCAUUGUUUUUUUUUUUCAGAAAACUUUGUUCUACUCAACAGUGCAUGUUAUGGCAGUUUUACAUAUCACCUUA